AUGAGGGUGCCUAUAAAAUGCUCCUCAGACCUUUUGCAUCCUGCCUUUAUAUUCCCCGCCUUCAGCUUCCACGGCCGUCGCCUUCAGGCGAUCGUCAAGAUGUCGAACAUCAUACUGACUCCAGACAAGCCAGAGUAUGAGGGUGGCAGCUGGCAUGUCGAGGCCAUGGCCAACGAGCGCAUCAUUGCCACGGGAAUCUACUACUACGACGUUGAUAAUAUCACAGAGAGCAGGCUCAAUUUCCGCCAGUCGGUUGACAGCUACUUGGACUGCGAGGAAGGUGAUGCGCGUGGUAUAAGGCUUGCGUAUGGAGUCGAGUUAGAUGAAAAUAAUAGUGCCACGCUUUCCCAAGAGCCUAGCGGUGUCGAGGCACUCAAUGGCCGCUGCAUCUGUUUCCCAAACACCUACCUGCACCAGGUCUCUGGCUUCAAGCUCAAGGAUCCGUCAAAGCCCGGCCACCGCAAGAUCCUUGCCUUCUUCCUCAUCGAUCCGUCCAUGAGAAUUCCAUCGACUAAGGUUGUUCCCCCGCGGCAGCAGGGCUGGUGGGCUGAAAAGGUGUUCGAGCUCCCGCUGUUUGGUGACCUGCCUCUUACUAUCAAGGAUUGUUUGGUCGAGCAUAUCGAGUGGCCCAUGUCACUUCAAAAGGCCAAGGAAGAGCGUCUGAAGCUGAUGGAGGAGCGCACAGCAAAAAACGAGGAUGUAUCUUCGUCGCAUUUUGAGCAAGAGUUCAACCUGUGCGAGUAUUAA